UCGCUUGCUGGUGUUAUCAAUGAGAGGUAUAUUUUUCUUUCGCCUUUUGCCUGCUAGUUUAACACGCGUAAAUCACAGUUCUAUUCAAUUAAGACAUGUUUCUGUUUUAAAUCAGUAAUAGGUGUUUUAAAGCCAGCGUAUUAGGUAUUCGUAAAAACGAGUUGAAAAGAUAAAAUGAGUUAAACACAGUUUUCCGGAAGAUGGACUCCUUUUUUGGUUUUGACUCUAGUAUGCCUGCUACCGAUGAAGGCGAUGAUACUUCUCGGAGUACGAGGAAUCACAGUGGACGAAAUCACAAUUCUGAAGACGAAUAUGAUGCCUUGAAUGAUGAAACCUUUGGGGAUCCAGAUAAAGGGGAUUGGGAAAAUAUACACGAAACAUUAGUUCGACUGGAACAAGGUGAUGAAUUGUUGCAUCAUAAUGAGAUUGACAUUGAAAGCAAGGUACAGUUCGACGACGAUGAGUUGGAAUUGCAUUGGAGUAAGUUUGAAUUUUACGAUGAUGAGGAGAGUAUCAGCAGUGCAGCGGACCUGAGCUUAGAUGACGAUAUAAGCACAAAGCUGCGGCUCGAUCCAAGCAUCUGGAGCAGCCCCGUGAAGAAAUCAGCAUCGAUGCAACAGCAAAAUAAUUAUGACCUGUCUAGUGUCAUUCCAAGUGUUUCUUGCGAAUUAGCAAGAACAAAAUCGAUUAAAGACGACGCAUUUGAAGUACAUUGUCAGCUGCCGCAAUUACCGGUUAAAAUGCUUUCGGUCGAAGAUGUAGAAAGAAACAUAAUUCAACAGCAACAAAAACAACAAUUAAAAGAUCGCGAGAAACAAAAAAAAUUUCAACAGAGAAACAAAGACAUCAAGAAAUCCAUUAAUGUUUUGCCAUCGGUAAAGUUGCCUUUACAACCAGUGGUGCCUCCUGCACAGUUGCUUGCUGCCCGGAAUCAAUUGUUUCCUCCACCACCACUGAUGAAUCACCAAUCCCGGCUGCCAAUCGGUUAUUUACCGUACAGUUUUCUACCUGCUCAUUACACCACCCCAAUAAACAAUUUAGCAUUGCAUCCAGGCAUUCCACCAAUAGCAAAUCAGUUGGGCUUUUUUCCCCAUCAACGUUUUCCUCUCUCCAUUCAGCCGCCGCCUAUUCAACAGAAUAUGCAAAAUAAUCAAUUCAACGAACGCCUGGUACAGGAGAUAAAACAAAAUCAUCCUAUGCUUUUGUUCAAUCGCCAUAACCAUCUGCAAAACAACCACCAAAACUUUCAUAAACAGCAGCAAAGAUACAGAGGACCUGAUUUUGAUGAGUAUGCCAACCUAAUGUCGAAUCGCGAAAAACAGUGGCUCGUGGGAAUUCAAUUAACGCAACUCAACUCGGAAACACCAUAUAUUAACGAUUAUUACUUCACUGUGUACAAAGAGAGAUUGGCUUCUUUGAAAGGAAACGUCGAGAGCAAAACAUACAAGGAUAACAAGUUGAAUCAUCCGUUCACGCAACCAAAAGGACACGCGCAGCUAUUACUGAUGUCAUCGCUUGCGAGAAAUUGUAUCCGAGAACGCAGAAGCUCCGAGUCCAAGAAUAAUAAUGAGCAAAAAGAUCAGGGUAGAACAUACACGCCAUUGCAGUUCGAAAAUUCUCUCGGUAAACUGCAGUGCGGUAGUGUGACUGCUCCUAGGAAGAUAAUAGAUAUGGACGUAGUCGGAAAUGAAUCCCCGGUUAAUGCUAGCUUGGAGUUAUCAAUGCAGAGAAAGUCACGACAUGUGCUGCUUCAUAUCGAAACGGUGUUCAAGCUGGUUUUGAAAAUGGAAGACAUGCGAAAUCCUACGGCAAUAGAAGCUGCAUUAUUGGCAAAGGACAAGCGCGAAAAAGAAAUGCAACAAAUGGAAACUGAAUCGUCGCUCUCAUCCCACCCAGAUUCUGAAACUUUUGUUGAAUUAAUGGCUGCGCUGAUUAAUGCCAUACCCCAGGACAGGAUAACGCAAAUGCUUGCUGUGCGAAAGGGAAAAUCUUUGCUGCGACGUGUUUUUGUUCUACUAAGAGAACAUUCUUGUCGAUGGAAUGUGUGGGCUCUUGUCUUUUCGUCAAUACCUUUUCUCACCAAAAAAGACCGAGAUGAUUGUGAAGGAGUUCUCUUUGCGCUGUACACGGAAUUCGAACGACAUAUACAGUACAGCAAACCAUUGGAGCUUCUCUACCUAGCCGAAAUUAUAGCUACGGAAAAGAUACUGCUGCAUCUCACCGGUUGUAAAUUUCUUCUCUCGUCGAUUAUAACUAUUAUAUUUCAAAUGGAAACGUUUUUUGCACGAAAUUCAGCUGCAGGUCUCACGCCCAGUGAACAAGAUAAGUGGAUUCGACGACUGGAAAUAAUAACCGCUAUGAUAACAAAGUUGCUCGGAUCAACAGCGGCAGCAAUCGCUCCCCAGCAUGUUAUUAAAAUUGAUCCCAACAACAGCAUCAUUCUUACUAUCCGAACGCACUUGGAACGGUUUCCACAGCGAGUAAAUGGAGAGGAUUUUCUUUCUUUCAUCACAUCUGACUCAACCGAGCGAGAGAAUUAAAUCCACUAGGCAUAGACGCGAGAAUCAGCUUCUUGUGAGUUUUUGUGUGCUCAAAGAUAAUUACUGCCACUAUAGUAAUGAUGUGCAGAUACAUUGCACAUUUGCCCCAUCCUUGGCUCUGCUGCGACCCCACAGAAAAAAAGUUUUGUACCUUUUUAGACUUUAAGUUUGUUAGUUCAUUGUUGCUUGCAUUCUUAAAAAGAAGAGCCAUUCUUACCGCAAACAUAAAAAGUAAUUUAAUACGAUAUUAGGCAAACGAACGUGUACAAAUAACAUUCACUUCACAUCGCAUAUUGUUGUCUGGUACAACUCACAUUCAGAACGUUAAACAUUUUGUUAAGAGUAAAAAAAUACGGAUUAAGUUUUUGUUUUUCGAAUAAAGGGUCUCAUUUGCAUAGAACAGCAGAAAUCAUAAUCUAAUGUUACUAUUUCUACGAUUGAACUUAUUCAGUAAGAAGUAUCAAUCUCGAACAUAAAGUAUUUAUUGUUUUAUAUAGUAACAUUUCUCAUGAGCUUUAUCUACCCUCAAGAUGUGCUUUGUAAAACUGAAUGGAGGCGUGCAAGCAUAAGAAAUUCACCAAAUUUCCUGAAAACAUUGAAUUCCACCGGCUUUCAUGCACGUUCUACUUGAAAAAUAUUCAACUUUUGAAUGAAAUCUAGUUUCUAAAAUGGUUCACAACAAGUUGUGUAUUUUCAAAGUAAGUUACGUUUUUUAAAAUAACAAAUGAAGAUUUUCAGGAAAAUUAGUAAUUUAAAAACAUAUACAUGUAUGCGUCAGAAAAAAACGCGGUUUAAUUUAUGAAAUACAGAUCAAAUCAGUAUUAUCGAGCGUUUGUGUUUGUAGGUAAUAAAUUAUCGUUGAUUUCUUAGUGCGUUAUACUUUGUGUUUUUAUAUAUGUUAUAUUCUUACUGCUUAGUUAUCUAGCACGGAUUUGGAAUUAAAUUUUGAAAAUCUGCAAACAUGCUUUGCUCGAAUAUUACGGUUUUAAAACAACAUUAAGGGCAUUCAAUGGAUAUCAUGGUACAUGCAAUGUUUUGAAUCACUCAUAAUAUUCGCCGUUCAUGCGUAAUAUUAACUUGUAAAUUUCUAUAAACAAUGUUACACAUCAUUCUUUAAAACUUGAAACACUCAGAACCAUUUCUUCAUUCCUCUACUGCAUUCAACCCUGAAACUGCUAUUCCGGGCUGAUUGCGAAGUCACUAGUUUUUGCAAUUACUCAAAUUAAUAAAUUUAAGCCUUCGUAACAAUUUAUUACAAGAUUUUACCGAGUGGAAUAGCAUAUUUUAUCCAUUUUGAUAAACUGUUUUUAACGAAUAGCAACAGUAAGUGAGUAAUUCAAUGUGCGCAAAACAUAUAGUAUCAAUAGAUAUCUAUAUAAUUACGGAAAUUAUAAAUAGGGUAGGGAACAUAUUCUAAGCAGCUUUAGGGACCGCCUGUGUAUUGAGAUGAAGUACUCGAAAUGUGUUGGGUGAAAUUCAAACAUAAAUAUAUCAAUCUCUAUCUUUUUCUCUCUCAAAGUUGUUUUUAGAUUGUAUAACUAAGUUAGCAAACUUUAACAGUAAUCAGUAAAAGUUACCAAUUGAGGGAGACUAUUCCAAACACCCCGAACCUAUUUUAAGCAGUUUCCAUCUGUUUUGCAGGUGAUUUUUUCAGCACCCGGAGUGGCGUCUGAAUGAUUGCAAUUUGGUUGAUUUAUUUCGAUUGAUGUUUGUUCACAGAUUUCUUCGUGAUUAACGGUAUUUCUUAUUUUCGUGAGACAGCUAGACAAUCAAAAUUUUCGUUUCCAUCAUUGGAAUUGUCGAUAUUGAUAAAAAUUCAGCAGUUUGAGGCCUGUUUUUAUCGACUGAAUAAAAUAGGCGCCACUGCUUAAGCCGUUCCUUACCCUACUUGUUCAAAUAAAAAAGUUAUUCUCAUAUUAGGGAUGCCUACUUAUAACGCUUUGUUGGGUUUCUGAGUUCUUUUAAGGAGCGUGAUAAAGUCCAUUUUUUUCUGGUAAAGUCAGAAUGAAAAAAACCGAAUUGGUCCAUUUUUGAGUUAAGAAUAAUGAUUUUAACGUGUUCAAGGUUCAAAAUAAAAUCAGUUGAAUUAUAGGGCCAUAUUACAGAAGCUUCGACGAGACUCGGUCUUUUUUUAAAAUACUCAGUCGACUCGUUUUUUGUAAUAACACCCAUAGUUUGAUGACUACUUCGAUUUUUUUUUCUACUUUGAUUUAUGCAUAUUAGAUUUCGGUAGAAAACACUUGAAGUGUACUAAGUACUGCGUUAUACACCGUCAUAGAAUAUUUAUUAAAACAAUGAUACAUUGUCCUCGAAUUUUCACUAUCUACCUUCUUUGUAGUAGUUGCGUGCUGUUAUUCUAAAAUGUUAAAAGUAAUUAUAAUUCUAAUAAUGCCUACAUAUAAUUAAUCCAUACCACUACUGCUUCGUCACUGAUGUGCGACAAAUGAUAACGAAUAUGUAAUCGUUUUUCCAGACAUUCUUCACACCUGUAAUAAAUAUCUGCUAUUAGGAACACACUAGGUUGAAAAUAUAUUUUGUUCUC